AUGGAAUCGUCGCAUGUGCUCGUCAUCGCACCGCUCGCCGUCUUCGCCCUAUUCUUCAUGGCCAUUUUAUUGUUCCGAUCGAUUUAUCUAAUGAGUCAGAAAACCACCAGCCGACUACCGAUGCGGCAUGGCGGAUUGCGAUCGAUGGGCACGAUAUCAAUGACCGAUUCGUCGGUGGAGCUCGGUUGCAACGUGUCGUCACGAGCUCCGACGCCGAUGAGUCAACCGGCGACGUCGCGCGUCGCCAACGUCAAUCCGCCUAGCUAUUAUUCCGAUGUUCGUCCGAAUGACUCGUAUCCGAUUCAUGUGCCGCAAUACACAUCGCCGAUGAUGUCGCUUCGAGACCCGAGGCAAUUCCAGGGUCUUCCGGGUCUCGCCGCGCCGCCGCCGUACCCGCCGCCGCCAAGCUAUAGUCAAAUUCACAAUUUUCCCGAGCUGCCAUCAGCUCCGCACGCCGUCGUCGACGCCUCGCAACAACCGCGAUUGAGCAAAUCGCCGGUGACGCCGGUCGAGUAG